UGAAAUAAAUUCCCAUUUUUGUUAGUUACAGUGAUCUGAAUAGAUAACAUGGAUAAGAAUCACACAUUACCAUUUCCUUAAAACAUAGGAAGAAGCUAUUUGCCCCAUUAAAUCUUUGUCAGCUCACAGAGCAAUCCCAUUUCCCCACUAAUUUUUCCUGUAACAUAUUCUCCCUAUAUAUUUCCACAUCUCUACAGAUGUUUCAAUCCACUUGCAUGAAGGGGAAAUUUAGAUCAGUCAACUGACCAACCAACACAUAUGUCAACAAAGUUCAUUCAUAUUAUUUCUAAGCAAUACUGUAUAAGAAAGUUAAAGUUGUUGGGUGGACAGCAUGCCAGCAGGACAAAUUGAUCUGGUUUUAAAAGAGAAGAGAACUUGACAAAAUAGGUGCUUUUUAAGAAGUUAUAGAACAUAUUAUUUGAGUUUUCAUUAAUUUUUCAAGAAAUUUAUAACAGACUCCAAGUUACAUAUCACAUUCGAGUUUGGCAGAAACACUUACUGCCUUCCAAUAGCAGCCUACAGCUCAGUUCCCAGUACCAACCCAACAAGUUGGCCAAAAAUUGAAAAGGCCCAAGGCUUGGCCAUUGUCCCUAUGCUUGGACAAUUAAUUGUGUAUGCAUCAACUAUAAGGAAGGUAUUGAUUAGUUGUGGAACCUGGUUUGACAUCAUUCUGAGGUGCUCCAUGUGCAAGUUACAGUUUUGGGGAAGAACAAGCAAAAGGGAAGAGUAACUACUUGGACCAGGCAGGGAGGUGAUCAAAUCGGAAGAAAACAACAAUAGAAAGGUAAGGGGAUUGAAAAGAAUUAGGGAUUUGAAGGAGACUGAAAUGGAUAUAAGGGAGAAAAGCUGAGUGGUUAUCAAAGCCUAUAAACAAAAGACCAUAAGAUAUAGGAACAGAAUUAGGCCAUUCUGUCCAUCAUCUGCUCCGCCAUUUCAUCAUGACUGAUUUUUUUUUACCUGUCUCAUCCCCAUUCUCUAGCCUUCUCUCCGUAAUCUUUGACACUCUUACUAAUCAAGAACUUAUCAACCUCUGCUUUAAAAAUACUCAAUGACUUAGCCUCCACAGCUGUCCGUGGCUGAAGAAAUUCCUCCUCAUCUCAUUCCUGAAGGGAUGUCCUUGUAUUCUGAGGCUGUGCCCUUUGGUCCUAGACUCCCCCACUAGAGGAAACAUCCUCUCCCCAUCCACUCUAUCUAUGCCUUUCUAAAUUUGGUAGAUUUAAUUGAAUCCCUCCUGAUUCCUCUAACUCCGGCAAGUAUGGGACCAAAGCCAUCAAAUGCCCUUCAAAUAUUAACCCUUUCAUUCCCAGAUCAUUCUCGUGAACCUCCUCUUGACUUGACAUAAAGAACAGUGCCUAUGAUAUUCCAAUAUUAGAACAAGGUUUUGAAAGGUACUGUGGAGCUAGGUCAACAAAGGGGUGACUUAGGAGGAGGUUCUGAGGCCUACAGGAUGGAAGGUGGUAGACAGGUAGAGACCUAAUGUGAAAAAUCUAGGUUGUGAAGCGUUGGAUGGCAUAUUAUUCUUCAGACGUUUGAGAUUGCAACCUAUGCAAUAUUUAUCAAUCUAAAAGCAUUUUCUAGGAAAUCAUAUGAUGGAUAAGGUCCCAUGAAAACAGAUCCAGGUAAGGAGUAGGGCAGGUGAAAAUUUAUUAACACUAUCGUUAAACACUUCACAACUUUAAAUUUAAAUUACACAGGAUGAACUCCAUAAUUGAUUACAUUAUUCAAACUCCUUAACUUACCUCUAGGCCCUUUAGUUUCUGUUGAGCAAGAUCACUUAUUGAUACUUCAGUUGACUGAUGGCAUGAAAAGAAUGGAUUUUGCAUUGACGUGGAUGAUAUUUAUGUGAAGCAUAUAUAACAUUGGUUUUAAGCAAUGAUUAUUACUUUAAACACAAGAGGUUGCUGCAGAUGCUAGAAAUUUUGAGCACCACACACAGAAGUGCUGGAGGAACUCAGCAAGUCAGCAGAAUUAUUUUCAGAUUCUUGAUUAUAUCUUUAUUGUAGCAACAUUUGAGGAUUCCACAGACAGCCGAUACAAAACCUUUGAAUCAAUUAAACCCACUUCUGUACAAUUUCCUCAUGCCUCAUCUGUACCUUGUCUUUGAGAUUAAGAAACCUUGAAGAUACACACUUUACAAUUGCAGUAUCAAUAUACAUUGGGCCGUACAAAGCUUUCAGAAGAAUUUCUCUAAAUAAUACAUAAAGGCAUAAUGUUUCAUGUAAAUAUAGACUCUUUGAUGUAAUAAUAUUUUAUUGGGCUACUUCAUACAAAGGAUUUAUAUUCAAUUUGAAAAGCUAUUUUGUGUCUAGUUCAACAGUUUUGGAAUAUACCUUAAUUAUUUCUGAAUACAUUCUUAAAAAGAAAUUACCGGACUCGACCCAGUCUGCUUUGAUUCAUAAAUACCUAGCUUGGGACUAUUUCUGCUUGUUCUGUUUUCAGCUUUUCAGAAAAAGUAUGGAUGAUUUUCAUAUGAUAAUAUAACUGACCAAGUAAGCUAAAUACUAACCAAGCUCUGCUUAAAAACAAUUGGAUCUAAAACAAAAUUUUCACCAUUUAUUCACUUAUAAUAUGUAACUCCAAUAAUGUUAUUAUUACAAAACCUGUUUCUUAGUAUUUAGAACUCAUUCUUGUACUGAGGGAAUUCAAUCCUCAUGAGGACAUACAGUUGAGUCUCUAGGUCAGUUCCUUUCCACAGGAUGUAAAUGAAACAACCUUAAAAAAAACCUGCUGAAUUCCUGUUGAACUUCUACUGCUGUACUCAUGAUUUCCUAGAAUUAUGCUGGUAGGGUUACAAUCAUGUUCUCUAUUAAAUUAAGUAUUGCAAGAACUCUUUUCCUAUUGGAGCUGGUGAGGGAAGUGCAAAGGAUCAUAUUGGUUCAAGAAGAGUUAAUUGGUAGACUACAAGGCUGGCCUUUGAUUUCAUAUGCAGUUCAGUUUUAGAAUUCUUGUAUCUAAAAAAAGCUUGCAAAUUAGUGGUGAUAGAGAUGAAGAGAUUCAAGGCAGGAUGUCUAAAUAUCCUUACAUCAUUACACCUAAACAAGAUCCCUACAAAUUCCUUUGAACUUAACAUGAUGAAACUACAGUUUAAAUCUCUUACACAUGGUUGUUUUUCAUAAAGUUAGAUUUUUAUUCCCUAUUCUUUGUAAACAAAAGAUUGAAUAACUACUCAACAAGUAGACCAAUCAGAUCAAUCAUUAACCAAGAUUAUAUAGCUUUGACCUUUUUUUAGAGCUUUGCGUGCAUUGCAUUAAUAUGCAAAAGACUAAAUUAUGUUGAAUUAACCCCAAGGAAAAUAUCACAAAGCUGAACUCCCCCAAGUGCAAAAUGAGCACUGUUGGUCGCCAUUACAGGAACAUACAUUUGUGUUAAUGAAAUAUUUCCAGCUAUCUGAAGGUUAUUAAAAUAUUUCUGUCAGGAUGCCCUCAGCUAAGAAAUCAAUUCUGCAAGUUUCCCAUUGAAAUUGCAUGAAUAACUGACGAGUGCAUCAAAGUGAAAUUGAGGAGAAAAGUAGGAGUAAACAUAAACAAGAACAAAUCUGAAGAAACACAUCCCUCAUAUAAUAUGAGGUCAUCUGAGCUGACUUUUCAGUGGAGACACAAUUGGCAUACAGAAGAGCUAAAGCUACAAUCUGCUGGAGGAACUUAGCCAUUCGAGUAGCAUCUGUGAUGGGCGCAAGAAGGAGGAAUUGUACACUUCAUUUCUGACGAAUCUGACAAAAUGGAACAAAGUUGAAGAACUCAUGGACUCAUUCUAGGAAUAUAUGAUCAACUUUUCACAAGAUGGAAGACACCAAGGAGAAAUCUGUUUUCACCUUUCAAAAAUUCUACAGCAGAGUCAUCCCCUAUUACAAAGAUAAGCAAAAACCCUCAUUAAAUCUUCUCUAAAGAAAUACUGGAGCUGUCAAACUUGAUGAAGAGAGAGGACUGCACAAUGGCACAUUAUUACUGUCAACUCUUAUUCUUGGGAUUUACUCUUCUUCAGUCUUACAGUGUCUCAGGAUAUGGACCAAACCAAAGGGCACAAAAAAAGGGAGACAUUAUACUGGGAGGACUUUUCCCAAUACAUUUCGGAGUAGCUGUAAAGGAUCAAGAUUUAAAAUCUAGACCGGAGGCAACAAAAUGUAUUCGGUACAAUUUUAGAGGAUUCCGAUGGUUGCAGGCAAUGAUAUUUGCAAUUGAGGAGAUCAACAACAGUAUGACAUUUCUGCCAAAUAUCACCCUUGGAUAUCGGAUAUUUGACACAUGCAAUACAGUAUCCAAAGCUCUGGAAGCAACACUGAGUUUUGUAGCCCAGAAUAAAAUAGAUUCUUUGAACUUGGAUGAGUUCUGUAACUGCUCGGAUCAUAUACCAUCCACUAUAGCAGUUGUGGGAGCAACAGGAUCUGGAAUUUCAACUGCUGUAGCCAAUCUUUUGGGAUUGUUUUACAUUCCGCAGGUUAGUUAUGCCUCUUCAAGCAGGCUCCUGAGCAACAAAAACGAGUACAAGGCUUUCCUUCGCACGAUCCCCAACGAUGAGCAACAGGCCACAGCAAUGGCCGAGAUUAUCGAGCAUUUCCAGUGGAACUGGGUGGGAACUCUUGCGGCCGACGAUGACUAUGGCCGUCCCGGAAUAGAUAAGUUUCGAGAAGAGGCUGUUAAGAGAGACAUCUGCAUUGACUUUAGUGAGUUGAUUUCUCAGUACUAUACACAGAAAGAGCUGGAGUUCAUUGCAGAUGUUAUUCAGAAUUCCUCAGCCAAAGUAAUUGUUGUCUUUUCAAAUGGCCCUGACUUGGAACCACUCAUACAAGAGAUAGUUCGACGAAAUAUAACUGAUAGAAUAUGGCUGGCAAGUGAAGCAUGGGCUAGCUCCUCACUGAUAGCCAAACCAGAAUACUUCCAUGUUGUCGGUGGAACCAUCGGAUUUGCACUAAGAGCAGGACGCAUCCCUGGAUUCCAUGAGUUUUUAAAGCAGGUUCAUCCCAGCAGAUCCUCUGAUAAUGGAUUUGUCAAGGAAUUCUGGGAAGAGACAUUUAACUGCUACUUCACCGAGGAGUCUCUAACACAGCUGAAAAAUUCCAAAACACCAUCCCAUAGAUUAGGAUUGCAUGACAACAGUGCUAAAACUGGGCACUCCCGAAGGACAACAUUAAGGCGCCCAUGCACUGGAGAAGAAAAUAUCACGAGUGUAGAGACUCCAUACCUGGAUUAUACUCACCUCCGGAUUUCAUAUAAUGUCUACGUGGCAGUGUAUUCCAUUGCUCACGCUCUGCAGGACAUCUAUUCCUGCACUCCUGGGAAGGGGAUUUUUGCAAAUGGAUCAUGUGCGGAUAUAAAAAAAGUUGAGGCAUGGCAGGUCCUCAAUCACCUAUUGCAUUUGAAGUUUACAAACAGCAUGGGCGAGCACGUCGAUUUUGAUGAUCAGGGUGAUCUCAAAGGAAAUUACACAAUUAUCAAUUGGCAGCUGUCCCAUGAGGAUGAAUCUGUGGUGUUUCAAGAAGUCGGCAACUACAAUGCUUAUGCUAAACCAAGUGACAGACUCAACAUAAAUGAAAAGAAAAUCCUGUGGAGUGGAUUCUCUAAAGAGGUUCCUUUUUCCAACUGCAGCCGAGAUUGUGUGCCUGGCACCAGAAAAGGGAUAAUCGAGGGGGAACCCACCUGCUGUUUUGAAUGUGUCGCAUGUGCAGAAGGAGAGUUCAGUGAUGAAAAUGAUGCAAGUGCGUGUACAAAGUGUCCCAAUGAUUUCUGGUCAAAUGAGAAUCACACAUCAUGCAUUGCCAAGGAGAUUGAGUACCUGUCGUGGACUGAACCGUUUGGAAUUGCUCUGACAAUAUUUGCUGUGCUAGGAAUAUUGAUUACUUCCUUUGUUUUGGGAGUUUUCAUUAAGUUCAGAAAUACUCCAAUCGUGAAAGCCACCAACAGGGAACUGUCCUAUCUCCUUCUCUUCUCUUUAAUUUGUUGUUUCUCCAGCUCAUUGAUCUUCAUCGGAGAACCCAAAGAUUGGACAUGUAGACUGCGGCAACCUGCAUUUGGAAUCAGCUUUGUAUUGUGCAUUUCUUGCAUUCUGGUAAAAACAAACCGUGUGCUAUUAGUCUUUGAGGCCAAGAUCCCAACAAGCCUCCAUCGAAAGUGGGUUGGCCUCAAUUUGCAAUUCCUAUUGGUUUUUCUCUGUAUUCUCGUGCAAAUUGUUACAUGUGUCAUUUGGCUUUACACUGCACCCCCUUCAAGUUACAGAAAUCAUGAACUGGAAGAUGAAAUUAUUUUUAUUACGUGUGAUGAAGGCUCCUUAAUGGCACUUGGUUUUCUCAUCGGUUACACAUGUCUGCUUGCUGCUAUUUGCUUCUUCUUUGCCUUUAAGUCUCGCAAGCUCCCAGAGAACUUCAAUGAAGCCAAGUUCAUUACUUUUAGUAUGCUGAUAUUUUUCAUUGUCUGGAUCUCAUUCAUUCCUGCUUACGUCAGCACCUAUGGGAAGUUUGUUUCAGCUGUAGAGGUCAUUGCCAUACUUGCAUCAAGUUUUGGUUUACUUGGAUGCAUUUAUUUUAACAAAUGCUAUAUUAUUUUGUUCAAGCCAUCAAGGAACACCAUUGAAGAAGUCAGAUGCAGUACAGCUGCCCAUGCUUUUAAAGUCGCCGCGAGGGCAACUUUGCGACGCAGCACCAUGUCUCGUAAGAGGUCCAAUAGCAUAGGUGGUUCAACUGUAUCAUCGCCAUCGUCUUCAAUCUGCAGCAGGAAUGCCCACGAUGAACCAAUUACCAUGGAGAUGCAGAGGUGUAGCAAGCAGAAGGUCAGUUUUGGCAGUGGAACUGUCACCUUAUCUCUGAGUUUUGAGGAAACCGGAAGGUAUGCCACUGUUAGCAGGAACAUGAGGAGGAGAAAUUCGAUGGACGCCAAAAAUAGUGAUGACAUUCUGAUGAAGCACAACGUUUUGAUCCCCCUUCAGAAAUGUGACAUGGGAAAUGACACACGAUGCAAGAUAUCAGGAAAGAAUGGGUCUGGAACUUUUCAGUCUCUGGAUGAUAGCAAAGAAUGUACCAAAAGUGCUGAAGAAAUCUCCUCCAACACUUCAGUAAAUCUGAGAAACCUUGUUGAUGGCAACAUUGUAGAUAAUGACAUAAAUUCUUAAUGAUGGUUAUUGGACCUACUUUCAAUUUGGGCAGUAUAAAUUCAGAUAAUUCCAGCAUAUUGUGGAAUGUUAUUGGUGCAGAAUCAACACACAAAAUUAUGCUUAGGACAACUACCCAAGUGCCAAUUAAAAACAAUAAAGAAGCCCCAAGCCUGACCUAUAGGAGAAUAAGGGCUAGUUUCUGGAUUUUCCCAUAAUGAGGAAUAUCUAAUAAAAUGUGAGCCUAGCAACGCAAGAGCCAAGUCAGAAACAUGGAAGUAAACAAAAUCUUAAAACAGGACGGCCUGUGGACACGACAUUUAAAAGCUUCAUUCUUUCAACAAACAGCAACUCAAUUUACUUGAAGGGCAAUUGAAAUUAUGAUUGCACAAAGUAUGUUUUUGUGUUGAUAUGAUGGCCUCAUUUUUGUUGCAAACAAAUUUAUGUAAUCAGUGAAGUACGGAAUUGUCUAACACCAUGUUAAAAAUGUUGCUGGCAGCACAAGAAACUUUUUGAUAUGCUUAAAGAUCUUUAUGUUGUUAUAAAAAUUAAUUGCUCAAGCACAAUACCAUUGUUGUAUCAACACAGUUGUUUUUUUAACACAAAUUCAGCCAAGCGUAUGAAAACACCGUGGCAACUAAAUGUUGCUAGAAGCAAGGUCCAUCAAAUGUGACUCCGGAAACUUGCAGCAACAGGCGAUCCUAUUACUUCACCAUGGUCAUUAUUGUACUGUUACACCAACUUGUCUCAUUUGCAAAUGAAUGUUAAAGUGAGCGUUAAUUGUUCAAAGAGCAGAGAAAUAAAGAACAAUUAUGAAUAUCAGAAAUGCAGGUGACGUAGAGAAAUUACAAAUGUUGAACUUCCUUAUCAGAUAGAAGUCAUCUUAUUGAUGGAGGAAAGUGACUUAAACUGAUCUGGGUACUGAAGGAAUUCUAUAGUGGAAAAUGCAAGUUAAAGAAUUAGGAAAUUAGCACUGUAUUAGAAAGAAGCAAGACAUUGCUUUACCAUUCAGGAUAAAGGUUGUGGGGAUGUUUCUAAGGAUUAUUGAAGUGAACAGCACAUAUUGGCCCAUAUAGACCAUUCCUGGAAUUGAGAUACUGCUCCAAUGAGUAGAUGGCAGAGAAGCUUUGAAGAAAGAUAGUGUCUUAGGCUAAAAAUUCUAAGGUUUUGAACUUGUGCAUGUUACAUCGACUAAAAGUUAUUUUGUAGUAUAUUAGUAUUAAAGUUUGGUAAAGCAAAACCUGGACUACAAUGUCUCAGUUCCAGUAAUAAGACCAAUCCUGUUUUAACACGCUGGUACUAAUGGCUCUGGUCACAUGAGCCAUGUGAUCACAUAGUUGUAUGGAGAAUUGUGUAAAGGGAAACGGUGGAAAGUCAGUGGUAAGAGUCCAUCAAGAAGCAACAAUGAUAAUGUAGAAUUUGUAAGAAAAUUGAAAUGAUGUAGUUUAGUAUGGAUAGCAACUAAAUUGAGUAUUUUAACAAUUAUUAAACUUAUAAUUAACAGUCAAUGGCUUUAGAAAAGGAGGGAAAAAAUUAAACAAUGAUGAUGAAGAACCUAGGACUGAAAUACCAUGAUGGAGGUUGUGGAACUAGUACAAUUAUGUGACUGUUAACAAAUCAUAGUUUGGUAGCAAUGUAAUUUAUGAUAUUAGUGAAACAGUGCUAAUACCGUGAGAAGGAGUCAUUCUAACAAUGGCAAAACUAGAAAUGGGACAAACUAGCAGCUAAUGACAGAGGUGAUUAAGUGAAGUAACAAUACAAGAUUAUUAUCACAGUCUUAUUGAAAGAAUAGUGUUAUUAAAAUGAUGUCACAAUAAUGACAUUACAUGAGAUCAAAAGACAACAGUAAUAAAACCA